CACCUUGACCUCUCUGCAGUCCCUGAUCACUCCUCCUCGAGCUCUUCUCGAAAACUUUGAGUGCAGGAAAGUUGACAGAGAAGGUUCUGAAGUUGUUUAUGGCUACAGGAAACGAGGAAAUUCUCUGUUUUGUUCGAUCACUUAAUAUCAAACAAAUUAUCUACCCCAUCCUUCCUACCAGGUGCUCAGAGAAAUUUUAGAACCUUCGCAACUUUCUGAAUAAACCGGAUAUUCUUUUGUUGAGAGCCAUUUAAGAUCUCGUAUAAAACAAAAUGUCUUUCCAGAUCAACGAAAAUGAGGUUGACAUCAUUAUUGGGGCUCUCAGGCCUGAUCUGACUGCCUUCAUGGAGGCAUGGCGAGCAUUCUUCUCCAAAUUCCACCUCAUAGUCAUCAAAGACCCUGACAUGAAAGAGGAACUCAAAAUCCCUCAAGGCUUUGACCACAAAAUCUAUACCAAAUCUGACAUGGAAAAAAUCAUAGGCACUACAUCAAUUAAUUUCUCGGGCCAUUCUUGCCGUUACUUUGGGUAUCUCGUCUCCUCCAAGAAAUACAUCAUAUCCAUCGAUGAUAACUGUUUUCCAGCCCAUGAUCCUAACAACAAUAUCACUGAUGCCGUGGCACAGCAUCUCACCAAUCUCCAAACUCCAGCAACACCAUUUUUCUUCAACACUCUCUAUGACCCCUAUACCAAAGGUGCAGAUUUUGUCCGUGGUUAUCCCUUCAGUCUUCGAGUUGGGGUUGAUUGUGCUUUAUCUUGCGGCCUCUGGCUCAAUAUAGCCGACUAUGACGCCCCUACUCAAAUUGUGAAGCCGAGGGAGCGAAACACUCGGUAUGUUGACGCUGUGCUCACUGUUCCACUUCAAACUAUGAUGCCAGCAAGUGGUAUCAAUCUUGGAUUCAAUAGGGAGCUUAUAGGGCCCGCUUUGAUUCCUGGAUUUAGAUUGGCUGGAGAGGGGAAGGUGAGAUGGGAGACAAUGGAGGAUAUUUGGUGUGGAAUGUGUGCAAAGAUUGUGUGUGAUCAUUUGAAGCUAGGAGUGAAGAGUGGGCUUCCUUAUGUUCAUAGGGGAAUUGAAGGAGGGGAUAAUGCAAUGGAGAGUUUGAAGAAAGAAUGGGAGGGAGUGAAGCUUAUGGAGGAGAUAGUGCCCUUUUUUCAGUCGGUGAGAUUGCCGAGGACUGCUGUUACCGCUGAGGAUUGCGUCGUUGAGAUGGCCAAAAUGGUGAAGGAGAAGCUUGGGGUAGUGAAUCCAGUGUUUGGGAGAGCUGCAGAUGCUAUGGAGGAAUGGGUGAGGCUCUGGAAAGCUGUUGGGUCUCAGAAAAUUUGAGAUUUUCUUGUGAUUCAGUAUGAUUCAGUAUUGAGGUAUUGCGAGUGUUCUCGUUCAAAUAAUGACCAGCUUUUGCUUUUGGUUGUAAUGACCCUUAAAUUUGAUGCCCGCUCCAUUUCCAUAUUUUCAGUUAUAGAGUAUGGACAUGGAUGUCUGGUUACUUCUUGAUGUCCAGUAUAUGUUUGUCUUUAUUACUGUUCAACAAUCAAAUGUGCGCGUGGAUUUUCAUUUUCAGUGUUAUGUUUAUUUGAUA